AAAUGAUUAAUUUUUCAAGAAUAUAUCUAAGCUAAUAACUCCACUUAUUUAUAAAUAGAGACUAUAUACAAUUGAUCUUAUAGAUAAAUCCCUGUAAAUAAAAUCUAAAUAUACUUAAAAAGGACAAAUGGAAAUGUUAAUGGAAUUCGAAUAGGUCCUACACAUCAACAAAAGAACUGUGUAAUCUAUUACUCACUCUAGUUAAUGGAAUCUUGACUUAAAAACGUACAAGUCAAGAUCCUUUUUCUUAUAGAAAUCAGUAAAGUUGAGUGAGUCACAGUUUUCAAUAUCCAGAAAAGUGAUCGUUUUGGGUGUCAUCAAAUUUUCGAUAUGUCAGCUGGACGCCAUCAAUCUGAUGAAGAACCUAAGGUUAUCAAACUUAAGGUUAUGAUUGACAAGACUAGAAACCGAGUAAUCUUUGCAGAGUCGGACCAUGAAUUCAUUGAUACACUCUUCUCAUUCUUGACACUCCCAUUAGGUACAGUUCUAAGACUUCUUGAAAAAGAUAUGGUUCAAUUGGGAUCAAUUAGCCGCGUCUAUGCCAGUGUUUAUUCGCUUGAUCCAAGGUUCUUGCGCACAAGCUAUUGCAAAUCCAUGUUGAUUAUGCCACGGAACUCAUCAGAAGUUCAGUGUGAAAAGUUGAAGCUCAAUGUUGAUCAUUCGGAGAUUGCAGGGAAGUUGUUUGUCUGUUCUGACUAUUAUCCAUGUAAUAACUUAUUCAGUAUCUCGCAGAAUACACGAUGCUGCCUCUGUGAUAAUUUGAUGCGAUUUCCGAAAAGAAUUUAUGAUAAGGAAGAGAAGAGAAGUAGUGGCGAAGGAAGUGUGGUUGAAGUCUUUCUAAAGGGUGGGGCAGCAAGCUUUAUGGUAACAGAUGAUUUGCAGGUAAUGCCAGCCUCCACAGCUAGUUUAACUGCUUUGUUUGGAAAGCUCGGAGUCAGUGACAAGAAUGAAAUUGAGGCAAAGACUGUAGAAGUUGGUAUUAAGGAGGCGUUGCAACUGCUGAAGUUCGCAUUGCUCUCCAAGAUGCCACUGACAAAUAUGGUACUAAAUAACCAGGGAAAUUGGGUGAAACAUACAUCGAAAUUCGAAAAUAACCAAACUGCAAAGUUAGAGAAGAAAGCCAUGUCUCAAAACUCAAAUAGUAUGAGCCUGAAGCUUAUAGUAAGCAAAAGUAACAAGAAGGUUUUGUAUGCAGAAGCAGGCGUCAAGCUUGUAGACUUCCUUUUCAGUUUCCUUGCAUUCCCGUUAGGGGCUGUAGUAAAGCAUCUAGGUGGCAACUCAAGACUUGGAUGCAUAGAUAAUUUGUAUAAGGCUGCUGCUGAUUUGAGUUCUGAAAACUACAUGAAAUCAGAAGAGUGCAAAAAUAUGCUACUCUCUCCGAAAUUGUUUCCACACUCUGGUUUUGACAGUCAUAUUCUCCAGGUGGGAGAGGAGUACCCGAAAUACAGAUAUGGAUUUGGAGGUUUAGAAAUAGUUGGGGACACUAAUAAAUCCGAGGGAUCAUCCAUAGGAUAUGAGGAAAAAACAAGCGAUUUAGUUGUCGCUUCGGAAUCAAUAGAGUCUGAGGAAGCAGCUAGCAAUUUUGCCAUCAUUAUGGACCCGAAGUCUCCAACAGGAGAAACAAUAAAGGGUGAAGGGUACUUGAAAGGACCUGCAACGUUUAUGAUACUGGAUAACCUUCUAGUGACUCCUUUUUCCCCUACUUCAAUCAUAACUCAGCUUAAUCAAAUGAACGUGUCACCCAGUGAUGUGGAGGAACGCACUGUAAUUGUUGGGAAGGAUGAGGCGCUGAAUUUGCUGAAAGCUUCUUUAAUCUCGAAAACAGUUUUAAAUGAUGUUUUCAACAUAAGGGAACCAUAUCCUAAGGUUAUGCUGAAAGUGUGAAAUUUCAACACGUCAGAGAUGUGAUCGUCAUAGUGUGAUUAUAUAAGAAGUUUUUGCCAUAUGCGCUAUGUGUGUGACCAUAUCGUUCUAUAUUGUAAUUGAUUGUCUAUGUUCAUACUAGCCACCACAUUGCUUGUCGCCAAGUGGACUAUGUGUGAAAUUAUGUUGGCAGUACAAACAACUCUUGUAUGUUAUCUAGGGGCAAUGUCGUGCCCUCCAGACUUAUGAUGUGCCUCUAAAUUAUAAUGUUGCAUCUUAUUAACUUUGGGUUCCAAAAAAGAAUAUAUAUUAGCCAACGACAUCGAUAAGUAAGUUUGUGCUAUAACAUUCUGGUGGUGGCGUCGUAUCGUUGCAUAAACUUAUGUUUCUACACUGAGUAGUUCUUAGAAAGCUGGAAGGAAGAGCUGCUGCAAAACGUAACAUUAAGUGCUAUUUCGCUUGUUACAUGCUAUUGUAAAUAAAAAUAACAUUGUUGCGCUUCAUCGCUGGAUGCAGACUAUUGUAAAUUGUUUUUUAUUUCUACGAGAUCUCAAAUAAAGCAGGUAAUAU